CCUCCCUUCCCUGACAGUGAUGGCGGCUGUUUACCAUGUGAAUGUCUCAUUUUGAGUAGAACCGACAAAAAAGUGCUUUUUCGUCAAUAUCAGAUAUCGAGAAACCCCAUUUUGUCGACAGAGGCAGCGCACUGGUUAACCACGUGCUGAUUCCCGCGCUAUUUUGUUGAAUCAAAACUACAAACAUAUCUUAGUUGUCAUCGAGGGAUCUGCCUUGCAGCAUGGAUAUGGCGACUUUACAUCUAGAAGAUGGGUCAUCGUACCGCGGCCACCUGUUUGGAGCAGCUGUUAGUGUUCCAGGAGAAGUCGUGUUCCAGACAGGCAUGGUUGGUUACCCAGAAUCCCUCACUGACCCAUCCUACAAGAAGCAGAUAUUGGUGCUGACGUACCCACUGAUAGGCAAUUAUGGCAUCGCAGAUGAAGAAAAUGAUGAGUUUGGACUGAAGAAAUGGUUUGAAUCAUCAGAGAUCCAUGUUGCAGCCUUGAUAAUAGGAGACUUGACCGAGAAGCGGAGUCAUUGGGCUGCUGUGAAGUCCUUAGCAACGUGGCUUGAGGAACAGCAUAUCCCAGCAAUAUGGGGAGUUGAUACAAGAGAUCUGACCAAAAAGAUCCGAGAAAAAGGCACCAUGCUAGGGAAGGUCGUCGUGGAUGGCGAGGAUCCAGAAUCUGUCUCCUUGCUGGACCCAAAUGUCAUCAACCUUGUGAAGGAGGUGUCCAUCCAGAAGCCUGUGGUGUAUAAUGAAUCAGGAGAUGUGAAGAUCAUGGCUGUGGACUGUGGCAUCAAGUACAACCAGAUUCGCUGCCUGUGCCAGCGUGGGGCUCGGGUCACUGUGGUGCCCUGGGACCACCCCAUCAACAGUGCAGACUAUGAUGGUUUGUUCCUAAGUAACGGACCGGGUGACCCAACACUGUGUGGUGCAACAAUCUCCAAUGUCAGGCGUGUUCUCACUGAAUCCAAUUUCAAGCCAGUGUUUGGCAUCUGUCUUGGCCACCAGCUCCUUUCCCUUGCCAUCGGCGCCAAGACGUUCAAGAUGAAAUAUGGUAAUCGCGGUCACAACCAGCCCUGCAUGUACGCGGACACCAUCCGGUGCUUCAUCACAACACAGAACCAUGGAUUUGCUGUCGACCCUGACUCACUCCCCGAAGAGUGGGCGCCAUUGUUUACCAACGCUAACGACAAGACAAACGAAGGGAUCAUCCACACUAACAAGCCCUUCUUUAGUGUACAGUUCCACCCAGAACACAUGGCGGGCCCACAGGACCUGGAGGUGUUGUUUGACGUGUUCCUGGAGCAGGUCAAGGCCCACAGGCAGGGCGAGGUCAGCCCAACGGUGAGAGAGAGGUUGUCUAUGAAGCUAAAGAGUCCAGGAAUCACACUGCAUGUCCAGCAGACAAAGUCCAGGCCCAAGAAGGUGCUCAUCCUCGGGUCCGGGGGAUUGUCCAUUGGCCAGGCAGGAGAGUUCGACUACUCAGGAUCUCAGGCCAUCAAGGCUCUGAAGGAGGAGGGCAUCCAGACCGUCCUUGUCAACCCCAACAUUGCCACUGUCCAGACGUCCAAGGGCCUGGCCGACAAAGUAUACUUCCUGCCCAUAACCCCAGAAUAUGUAUCCCAGGUUAUAAAGAGUGAGAGGCCAGAUGGGAUCCUGCUGACGUUUGGUGGGCAGACGGCACUGAAUUGUGGGAUACAACUGACCAAUCGGGGCGUACUGGAGAAGUACAAUGUCAGGGUGUUGGGCACGCAGGUGUCGUCAAUCGAGUGGACAGAGGACAGGAAGCUAUUUGCCGAGAAGAUGGCGGAGAUUAAGGAACAUGUGGCCCCUAGUGAGGCCGCCUACACCGUCGACCAGGUUGUUCAAGCAGCGGAAACCUUGGGUUAUCCUGUACUGAUCCGAGCAGCGUUUGCCCUUGGUGGGCUUGGGUCUGGGUUCGCAGCCAACAAGGAAGAGCUGCUGGUGCUGGCUAAUGCCAUCUUUGCUCACACCAGCCAGGUGCUGAUAGACAAGUCCCUGAAGGGGUGGAAGGAAGUGGAGUAUGAGGUCGUCAGAGAUGCGUACGACAACUGCAUCACGGUGUGUAACAUGGAGAAUGUGGACCCGCUGGGCAUCCAUACCGGGGAGUCCAUAGUUGUUGCUCCCAGUCAGACUCUCACCAACGCUGAAUACAACCUGCUCCGAACAACAGCCAUCAAGGUCAUCCGCCAUCUUCGGGUGGUUGGGGAGUGUAAUAUCCAGUAUGCCCUCAACCCGCACUCACAGCAGUAUUACAUCAUUGAGGUGAAUGCCCGACUGUCCCGUAGCUCUGCUCUUGCCAGUAAGGCCACUGGGUACCCCCUCGCUUACAUCGCUGCCAAGCUGUCGCUGGGAAUCCCCCUCCCCGAGCUGAAGAACUCUGUCACCAACUCCACCACAGCGUGCUUCGAGCCCAGUCUCGACUACUGUGUCGUCAAGAUUCCUCGCUGGGAUCUGCGCAAGUUCUCCAGGGUGUCAACCAAGAUCGGCAGCUCCAUGAAGAGUGUGGGGGAGGUCAUGGCCAUUGGCCGCAAGUUCGAGGAGGCGGUGCAGAAGGCCCUCCGGAUGAUGGACGGAAGCGUGCUGGGCUUCGAUCCGUAUCUCAAGACUGUGUGUGAAAAUGAGCUCCGUGAGCCCACAGACGAGCGCAUCUUCGUCCUGUCCGCAGCUCUGAAGCAGGGAUACAGCAUAGAACGUUUGUAUGAGCUGACCAAGAUUGACCACUGGUUCCUGCAAAAGUUCAAACACAUCACAGACCACAUCACCACCAUGGAGAAGUAUAGGGGGAAGGCAAGUACUGUCCCCAGGGAGACUUUGCUAUGUGCCAAACAGCUUGGCUUCUCCGAUGAACAGAUUGCUGUAGCCAUAGAGAGCACGGAGCUUGCAGUGCGUAAACAUCGUGAGUCUUUAGACAUUACACCGUGGAUCAAGCAGAUCGAUACAGUGGCUGCGGAGUGGCCUGCUCAGACAAACUACCUUUACCUGACCUACAGUGGCCAGAGCCAUGACCUUGACUUCCCUGGGGGCUACAUCCUUGUUGUCGGCUCCGGCGUGUACCGCAUCGGCAGCAGCGUUGAGUUUGACUGGUGCGCUGUCAACUGCAUCAGGGAGCUUCGCUCUAUGGGGUACAAAACAAUAAUGGUCAACUACAACCCAGAGACGGUCAGCACGGACUACGACAUGUGUGACCGCCUCUACUUCGAUGAAAUAUCCUUCGAGACUGUGAUGGACAUCUACAACCUCGAGAACCCUGAGGGGAUCAUCUUGUCCAUGGGCGGUCAGCUGCCCAACAACAUCGCCAUGGGGCUGCACAGACAGCAGGCUCGGAUCCUUGGCACUUCUCCAGAAAGUAUCGACAAUGCUGAGAAUCGUUUCAAGUUCUCCCGUAUGCUGGACAACAUGGGGAUCAGUCAGCCGAUGUGGAAGGAACUCUCCACUGUGGAGAGUGCCAAGAAGUUCUGUGAGGUAGUGAGCUACCCCUGUCUGGUGAGGCCGUCCUACGUGUUGAGUGGUGCAGCCAUGAAUGUGGCUCACACUCCACAGGACCUGGAGACAUUCCUCACACAGGCCAGCGCCGUCUCCAAGGAACAUCCAGUUGUCAUCUCCAAGUUCAUCCUAGAAGCUAAGGAGAUUGACGUCGAUGCUGUAGCCUGUGAUGGGGAAGUGGUGUGCAUGGCGGUGUGUGAACACGUGGAAAAUGCAGGCGUACAUUCAGGGGACGCAACUCUUGUCACCCCACCUCAGGACUUGAACGAUGAAACGUUGGCAAAGAUCAAAGGAAUCUGCUGUGCUAUUGGUCGCGCCCUGGAGGUGACUGGACCAUUUAACCUUCAGCUCAUUGCCAAGGACAACCAGCUGAAGGUCAUUGAGUGCAAUGUGAGAGUCUCACGGUCAUUCCCAUUUGUGUCCAAAGCAUUGGACAAAGAUUUGGUUGCCUUGGCAACAAGAGUGAUCACUGGGGAAAUGGUUGACCCAGAAAACAUCCUUCAAGGCUGCGGAAGAGUGGCGGUCAAGGUGCCGGUGUUCUCCUUCAUGCGACUGCAGGGUGCCGACGUGCUCCUGGGGGUGGAGAUGGCCAGCACAGGGGAGGUGGCCUGCUUCGGAGAGGACAGGUACGAGGCCUACCUCAAGGCCCAGCUCAGCACAGGCGUGAAGAUUCCCAGGAAGAAUAUCCUUCUGUCAAUUGGGAGUUUCAAGUACAAGAACGAGCUGAUCCCCACGGUACGGACCCUCACCGAGAUGGGCUACAACCUGUUUGCCAGUAUGGGAACUGCCGACUUCUACAAUGAGCAUGGUUUUCAGGUGAAGGCAGUGGAUUGGCCGUAUGAGGACACGGGGGAGAGUAAGAAUGGUGCUGAGCAGCGUACUAUUGCUGACUAUCUGGCGGACAACAUGUUCGAUUUGGUGAUCAACCUGCCGCUACGAAACGGAGGCUCACAUCGGGCGUCGACGUUCGUCACCCAGGGUUAUAAGACUCGUAGAAUGGCUGUGGACUAUUCUGUUCCCCUGAUCACAGAUGUCAAAUGUACGAAGCUGUUUGUCGAGGCUCUACGGAGGCAGAAGGGGGCACCAUCGAUGAAGACACAUAUUGACUGCAUCUCAUCACAAAGGAUUGUUAGACUCCCUGGUCUCAUCGAUGUCCACGUGCAUGUCCGAGAGCCAGGCGCCACACACAAGGAAGACUGGUCGUCCUGUACAGCUGCAGCCCUGGCAGGGGGGAUAACUCUUAUUCUUGCCAUGCCAAACACAAACCCAGCUACCGUGGACCAGGGGGCCUUUGCCCUGACACAGAAGUUGGCACAAGAGAAAGCUCGGUGCGACUACGGCCUGUUUGUUGGUGCCAGUGCGGACAAUGCUCAAACCUUGCCGUUGUUUGGUGCAAAGGCCUGUGCCCUCAAGAUGUACCUGAACCCAACCUUCACCACACUCCAUCUACAGGACAUGACGGACUGGAUGAAGCACUUCGAGCACUGGCCCAAGAACUUCCCCCUGUGUGUCCAUGCUGAGGGCACCAUGACGGCCUCCGUGCUGCUCCUUGCUGAACUGUACCAGAGAUCUGUCCAUGUGUGCCACGUAGCUCGCAAGUCAGAGAUUCAGGUGAUCAAGUUGGCAAAAGAGCGCGGACUUCCUGUCACGUGCGAGGUGGCCCCCCAUCAUCUGUUUCUUACUUCAGACGACCUUGAGAAUAUAGGGGAAACCCGGGGUCAAGUCAAACCGUGCCUUUGUACAAAGGAAGACCAACUUGCAUUGUGGGAAAACAUGGAUAUCAUUGAUUGCUUUGCGACAGAUCAUGCCCCCCACUCUGUGGAGGAGAAGGAUGGGGCCACACCCCCUCCGGGCUUCCCUGGCCUGGAGACAAUGCUGCCUCUGCUACUCACCGCUGUCAAUGAAGGACGACUUACUCUCGAGGACAUCAUCAGCCGUCUCAGUACAAACCCGCGUCGCAUCUUCAAUCUGCCGGAGCAGCCGGACACAUACAUCGAGGUUGACCUUGAUCACAAGUGGACAGUCCCCAAGGCCAUGAAGUUCACCAAGUCUAAGUGGACACCAUUUCAGGGGAUGAAUGUCGUCGGAGCCGUGCGGAGAGUUGUGUUGAGAGGGGAGGUGGCUUACAUUGAUGGGGAAGUUCUGGCUGCGCCCGGAUAUGGCAUUGAUGUGAAGACACUACCCCAACCUGUCACGCCCAAGAUAGCGACGGAACAGUUGUCAGUCCACAUCCCUGCCAUGCCUUCGUCCCUGCCAUCAUCGGAGCCGGCGAGUCCCCGCCGGACCAUCAUGGACAAGUUUCCACUUCCCCCCCGCCCCUCCCGCACCUUGGAGGGUCAGCCUCAGCCAAUCGGAGAUUCCCCAGAGCACAUGCACAAGGAGCUGAAGCCAGCAGCUGUCUCUAGCCUGCUAGAGAGUCUUACAGAUCUGUAUGGAGGCCAUGGUGACUUCCUCCGCAAGGACUUGCCGGUCACCCCGAGGGAACAAGGCCACGCCCUGCAGCCUGUGGGGCUGCCCCACUACACCCCGGGGCUCACUAACCACCAUGUGCUCUCCGUCAUGGGCUUCAACAGGGAACAGCUUCAUCAGAUCUUCAACCUUGCCCACAAUUUCCGUGUUGCUGUGAUGAGGGACCGCCCACUUGACUACAUCCUCAAGGGCAAGGUGAUGGCGUCGCUGUUUUACGAGGUGAGCACACGGACUAGCUGCUCCUUCUCCGCUGCCAUGCAGCGUCUAGGUGGCGCUGUCGUCUCCCUCAAUGAAGCCACUUCCUCCUCCAAGAAGGGGGAGACCCUGCAAGAUACCGUGGCCAUGAUGUCUGGGUAUGCAGACGUCAUCGUGAUUCGACACCCUGAGCCUGGGGCAGUUAGUACUGGAGCGAGUGCGAGUCGGAAGCCAGUUAUCAACGCUGGUGACGGGACUGGCGAACAUCCAACACAAGCACUGCUGGAUGUCUUUACAAUACGAGAAGAGAUUGGAACUGUCAACGGACUCACGAUAACCAUGGUUGGAGACCUGAAGAAUGGCCGCACCGUGCACUCCCUGGCCCGUCUGCUGACAUUGUACCGUGUCAACCUCCGCUACGUGUCUCCACCAUCCCUGCAGAUGCCUGAGGAUGUCCGCCAGCUGGUCCAGUCACGCGGCAUCAGACAGGAGGUGUUCAAUUCCCUGGAGGAGGCCCUGUCGGACACUGACGUUCUGUACAUGACGAGGAUACAAAAAGAGAGGUUUACGUCCCUUCAAGAAUACGAACAGGCAUGUGGACAAUUCAUUGUGACUCCUGAAGUGAUGACGAAGGCCAAGAAGAAGAUGGUUGUAAUGCAUCCCCUCCCUCGUGUGUUCGAGAUCAGCUCCAGCUUUGACUCGGAUCCCCGUGCCGCUUAUUUCCGCCAGGCUGAGAACGGCAUGUAUGUCCGCAUGUCUUUGCUGGCCCUUGUCCUGGGGAAAUGCUAACAUUGGACCACCAUCAACACACUGAGACAGACCUCGGACCACCAUCAACACAUUGAGACACACGUCAGACCACCAUCAACCCAUUCGAGACAGACCUCGGAUCACCUUCAACACAUUGAGACAGACCUCGGAUCACCUUCAACACAUUGAGACAUACGUCGGACCACCAUCAAUACACUGAGACAGACCUCGGACCACCAUCAACACACUGAGACAGACCUCGGACCACCAUCAACACACUGAGACAGACCUCGGACAACCAUCAACACACUGAGACAGACCUCGGACCACCAUCAACACACUGAGACAGACCUCGGACCACAAUCAACACAUUGAGGCAGACCUCAGACCACCAUCAACACAUUUUAGACUUCUUUGGAGAUGCAAUCACCAAGCAUCAUACAUUUACCAUGCAGACAGCACACAUAUCACCACAGAUGAGGAUACAGUUGAAACUUGAGAAGGGAUUAGAGGUGAUUUGCUUUGUCCAUACCACUCACUCGGUCGGGUUGCCUUAUUGCCAGGGCCUUAUUCCAUACAGCUGGGUUGCCAUUACCAUUGCCAUUGCAUCUACCAUUGUCUUUGACGUCAUCGUUGCCACUUCUGCUAUCACUGCUGUUACCAUUGCCGCUGCCAUUGUCUUUGACGUCAUCGUUGCCACUUCCGCUAUCACUGCUGUUACCAUUGCCAUUGCAGCUACCAUUGUCUUUGACAUCAUCGUUGCCACUUUCGCUAUCACUGCUGUUACCAUUGCCAUUGCAGCUACCAUUGUCUUUGACGUCAUCUUUACCACUUCCGCUAUCACUGCUGUUACCAUUGCCGCUGCCAUUGUUGUUGUCAUAGCUGUACUUUGUACUGAAGUAACUGGCCAUGGUUGUCAAGCUAACAUGCAGGCCCUCCUAUGUAUUUGAAUAAAAAGCAGUGAAUGGGUUUAAAUUGAAAGUGUAUUGGUAGAAAGGAGUGCCGUAAAGCUCCAGAAAGUUGCUUUCUAAUUGGCUGUUAAUCGUUUCAGUGGUCGGUCAAAGUUUGUGAAAGGUCGUUCUGACAUGACUCGUUAUGGGAUGUCCUCAGAUCUUUGUUAAGCGACAGUGAGAACUUAGAUCUGAUUUUAAUGAGAUUGGUCAGUUUGAGACUAGCAGCACUGUAAGUCUCUGUAAAUUUAAGAUAUGCAGCAUCUCCUUAAGUUUGAGAUGUGCAGCAUCUCCCUAAGUUUGAGAUGUGCAGCAAGGAGCAUUGCAGGUGAAUUUCUUUAAGCGCCUCGAUUUUUGUUAAAUGAAUUGACAUACAAUAUUCUUUUUGCUAAGAUCCCUUUGAGGAAUGAGGACUAGGUUCAUUUGAUCUUGUCAUAGCAACUCCCUUGCAGUGUGUCUCACCGCAUGUCUCACCACGUGUCUCACUGCUUGUCUCACUGUGUCUCAACGCGUGUCUCAUCGCAUGUCUCACCACGUGUCUCACUGUGUCUCAUCACGUGUCUCACUGCUUGUCUCACUGUGUCUCAACGCAUGUCUCAACUCGUGUCUCACCGCAUGUCUCACUGUCUCACCAUGUGUCUCACCACAUGUCUCAUGCAUGACUCGCACAUUUCUCACCCAUGCCGCAUGUUUCACCAUGGCAGUGCGUCUCUGUCACUGCCUGUCUCAUUCUUCAUGGCAAUUUCAGAAUCUCAAGAAUGUAUCAGAGAAUGUUUUUGAAUGCAUCGUAAAGAUAGAUAUGUAUAUUAGUGAAGGUGAUGUGGUAUUGUUGUGUAUUUCAGUAUUUGACAUGUGAUGUGUGUUUCUUUUGUACAGCCAGAACAGAAAAAAAUCAUGCAUUACACCAAAAUAUAGCAUGAUAUAAUUUCAUAAUGACUUCACUGUUACCGGCAUUCACAUGUAACACUGUUGUGUUCCUGCAUGUAUACUACUCAAAACAAGUUAAGGAACACCCACCAUUGGAAGGAUGUGUGCUGACAGAUAACGAUAGACAUAGGAAAAAAUCAAUGGUGUUCUCUAACUUCUUUUGAAUGGCAUAUAUCAAUUAUUCAUGCCCUAGAUAUUCUUCUGUUAUGUUGCUAUGUGUUACCUUAUUUUUCCCCAUCAGUAUAUUAACUGCCACAGCUUUACAUGGAUACCCCAUUCAUAGUAUACUGAUGUGGAGCCGACCAGUCCUUGUUAUAUCCGUUAAUGCCGAGCGCCAGGCAGGGUAACAACAAGUACCAUUUUUUAACGUCUUUUGUUGCUCCAUCCAUAAGGUGAUGGAGGCUGAAUCUGUUCAGGCCCAAUUCGUAGCCUGGUGGUUAAAGCGUUUGUUCGUCAUGCUGAAGACCCAGGUUCAAUUCUCCACAUGGGUACAAUGUGUGAAUCCCAUUUCUGGUUUUCCCCGCCGUGAUAUUGCUUGAAUAUUGCUAAAAGUGGCAUAAAACCACUCACUCACUCACUCACUCACUAAGACCCUGUUCAUGAAUUAUAUGGUUACAUAUUGUUAUUCAGAUAAGAUUUGAAGAGCAACAUUUCUAAUAUUUUCCCAUCACGAUUUUUCACACAAUAACAUCUGUAAAACAACAUAUUAAAAAUGUCUGGCUUUCUUUGUUGUCAAAUUUAUCCUGUUUUAUGUCAACCAUUGGUGGUGUUUAUGUACAAGUAUAUUCUCCUGUAUUCUGCAGUGCUACCACAAGCGUGGGCAUCAUGUUUGUCAGAUCAUUUCGAUUCUAUUUGAGGAACCAGAGCUAUACAUGAGCUGCAUUAACUAGCAUGGUAACGAGACUAAAUAUAUACUACACUGCCUUGCAAAAGAAAGUACCCACCUUUGUUUGAUGGUGGCUAAAACUGAAAUAAACAAGAUUGUUAUUUGAUGGUGAUCACAGUUGUGUUUUGGACCUAAGGUUGCAGUGUUUUCGGAACUAUUUUAAGCCUAGUAAUCUUUUGAUAACAUUUGUAAUGUUUGGGUCAAGUCCAAGUUUCAAGUGUAUUGUACCUGCUUUGCUAAGUCUGUUGAAUUGAAUGAAAUCGAUAUAUUUCACACAAAGAUAAUAAAACAUGACCAAUG